AUGAACACCACCGUUACGGACAUCCCGUCGCUUGAUUCAGUUGACUAUGACCCGAUCGCACACCUGAACCUCAUUUUCUCGCACCCUUCCACCGUAUCCUCCGUCUCCCGUGUGUCGUCGACAAUACAACGCCAUAAAGAUGACCUUUCCCGAUCGAUCGCGUCCCUCGAGACGACACAGGCGUACGGGCCAGACUCCUCACUCGAGCGCAUGCAGUCAGCCCAGGUCGAGCUAGCGUCCCUCUUCCAACGAAUCGAGAGUGUCCGCAGCCGCGCUCUCCAGACCGAGCGCGACAUCACAACCAUGACGGCCGACAUCAAGCGCCUCGACGGCACGAAGCGCAACUUGACCCUCAGCAUGACGGCCCUCAAACGACUGCAAAUGCUGACCACCGCCUACGAACAACUGCGCGGCCUUUCCCGGACCCGCCAAUACCGGGAGUGUGCCGGCCUCCUGCAGGCCGUGUUGCAGCUCAUGCGCCACUUCAACAGUUAUCGCAGCAUCGAACAGAUUGCCGGACUGAGCCGGAAUGUCAGCGACCUGCAGCGGGAACUUCUCGAGCAAGUCUGCGAGGAUUUUGAGAUGGCAUUCGCAAAAGGGGAAGUGGCUGCCCGCCGAGGUACAUUGGUCGAGGCAUGCUUGGUCAUGGACGCCCUCGGCGAGCACGCCAAGACGCGGUUGGUGACGUGGUACGUCAACACGGAGCUCCGCGAGUAUCGUCAAGUCUUCCGCGGGAACGACGAGGCUGGGAACCUGGACAACAUUGGACGCCGUUAUGCUUGGUUCAAACGCAUGCUCAAAACACACGAGGAGGAACAUGCUGCUAUUUUCCCGCCCCAUUGGCGGGUUGGCGAGACGUUGGGGAUGGCGUUUUGUGACGGCACGCGGGAAGACUUCAAGGGCAUCCUAGAAAAGAGCAUGCGGCGCAUUGACGGAGCCAAGCUUGACGUCAAUUUACUGUUAAGUUGCUUGCAAGAGACAAUGGAUUUCGAGCAAAGCCUGGAGCGCCGGUUUGCAAGCGAGCCGCGGGCCAGCAUCGACACCCUCAGCUCGGCAGAUGACAGAACGCAGAGCUUUAAUGGCUCCAUAUCCGUCGCGUUUGAACCCUACCUCAGCCUUUGGGUUGAGUCGCAGGACAAAGCCCUGGCGGCGAUGAUACCAAAGUACAAGACACAACGUCUCAUCCCGGCCGACGAAGAGUUUUCGCCCCAGGCUGUCAUCCCUUCGGCGAUUGAAUUGUUCCACUUUUAUAAGCUGACGCUUUCACAAUGCGCCAAGCUGUCUACCGGAGAGAGACUCCUAGACCUGAGCAAGACGUUCGCAAAGUACCUCGACGAAUACGCCCAGCAAGUUCUCGUAACGUUUCUACAGCGUGGCGGCUCACAAGGAGCUCCCAUCCAAGAAAUUAUUCUUGUCUUGAACACGGCCGAUUUCUGGUAUACAAAUGCCGAGCAAUUGGAACAGAACAUCAAGAAACGGAUUGACCCCGACAUGGCCUCUAAGGUCGACUUGUCGUCGCAGUCCGAUGCGUUCAUGGGUGUGGCGAGCGCAGCCGUCAUGGGCCUGGUAUCUAAUGUCGAGUUGGGCUGCGAGGGUGCAUGGAGGGAAAUGAGGAACACUAACUGGGGCAACAUGGAAAGCGUCAGCGAUCAUAGCUCGUAUGUCGGCGAGUUGCUGAAACACAUCACCAGUAAAGCCCAGGAGAUCCUACCCCUCGUCAUCAAGCCGCAGUAUGCCCGGGCUCUCUGCGAUAAUCUAGUCGACCACCUCGCGACGGCCUACAUCAACAACGUUGUGCAAUGCCGCCCCGUUUCCGAAGUUGGCGCUGAACAAAUGCUUCUCGACAAAUACGUCCUCACCAAAUCGUUAGAAAACCUCCUCUCCCACCACAAUCCUUCUGUACCACAACCCAACCCACCCCCGGCCGGGUUCAUCAAGCGCGUCAACAAUUCUAUGACCCGCAUCGACCCCCUCCUCAAAACACUCCAGGUCCGCCCUUCGCCGCCGGAAGGGCUCGUCCAGGCCUACCUCAUCCACAUUAGCGACCGCUCCGACACCAACUUCCGCAAAAUCCUCGAGCUCAAAGGCGUCCGCAAGCAAGACCAAGCCCAUCUAAUGGAGCUAUUUGCCAUCCAUCGCGAGAGCCACACCUCAGCCGCCACAGGAGGCGGCGGGUCGCAACUCGUCCCGGCCUCGCCGUUGCUUACACCGCUCAUGGCGGGUGGCCCAGCGAGCGGCUUGGGUAGUACCGGGAUCAUGAGUAAUAGUAGCGCAGCGGCAGCGGCCGCGGCGAGUGCCGGGUUACAAGGCCGGUUUGACGCUGCGUCAUUGGGGGAGAAGCUGUUGAAUGCCGCGAGAGAUGGUGUAGAGCGGAUGGGGACAACGGCGGGUGGGGUACCGGGCGCGGGGAUAGGUGGUGUAGGCGCGCAGGAGAAGGCUACCAUCAAUGAGAACUUGAAGCAUAUUGGGAACUUUUUCAGGAGGGAUAUAGGGGGGUUGGGUGCGAGGUUUGGAAAACGGGAUAUUACACCCACUGGAGGGUUGGAUAGCGAUCGGUAA